AGGCGGGCCGAGGUGCUGACUGUAAUGCGAUAGCUGCACCCGUCCUUAAUGCUAUUACAUCCACAUGCUGCUGCCGCUCGAGACUCAGGGCUCAAACGCACAGACGCGCAGUGGCAAAGGAGCAGCGUAGAGACAGCGCGUGGAGGAUCUGUAUCACAAGACUUCAAUUACGGAUUCGCUCUACGGAAGAUCUGAUCCGAACUGCCUUUUUCUGACAGUUUAUCGCAGUGGGUACAGUUUCCCAUGCGAGAUAGAGUGUCUUGUAGUGGAUUCUGGUGGGAAGAGAACGGGAAAACGCUUAAUGUCGCUUGGAUUUGAAGGCGCGAGCCCCGCUCACUCACUCCACGCGCAGCUCGAGCUCGAGGAAAUCAAGCCAGAGGUUAUGCGCCCUCAGAAAUAUGUUUUCUGUCCGAACACUUGCUUAUAAAGAAAAAGUUAUUUAGUUUUAUCCAGUUGUUGUUGUCCCCCCAUUGCUGUUGCUUUUGUUUAGGAUAUGAUAGCCACUAUGUUUCGGAGACGUUAAACAGCCAAGUCUGGGUUGAAUUUACACAUCCAACAUUUGAAGCGUAUCGAGAAAGCAGGCGGGUCGUCAAACAGAAGAUACUGUUAUCAGACUCAAGACACGAGCUGUUCUCAGUGGAUACAUUAGUGGACAAGAACAUUUUUAAAACAGCACCAGAAGAACUUAAAGCUCUCACUAUUUCCACUGCACGCACUGGGUGAAUAUUCACCCAGAAAAAAUGGAUUUAUUCACAAAGCUCUGUGGAUCUUUACUGGUCUUGUGUUUAUCGGCUUUAGUUUAUGGGGAAGAAGAGGCAUGUGGUGGACAUUUGGAUGCUAGUGAUGCAGGAUACAUCACCACACCCGGUUACCCACUGGAGUAUCCACCCCACCAGAACUGCAGAUGGGUGAUCACGGCACCUGAACCAUCCCAACGUAUCGUCCUAAAUUUCAACCCCCACUUUGAACUUGAGAAACUUGACUGCAGCUUUUUUACAGAUGGUGUGAUGUUUGCUUCCAGAAUUUGCUGGUACGACUUCAUUGAGAUCCGGGAUGGGAACUCAGAGACUGCUGAUCUGUUGGGGAGACACUGCAGUAACAUUGCUCCCCCUGCGAUCAUCUCCUCAGGUCCUGUUCUGCACAUUAAAUUUGUCUCAGAUUACGCCCACCAGGGGGCAGGCUUCUCGCUACGCUAUGAAAUCUAUAAGACAGGCUCUGACUGUUCCCGGAACUUUACCAGUCCAUCAGGCGUAAUCGAGUCGCCCGGCUUCCCUGACAAAUACCCCCACAAUCUGGAGUGCACCUUCAUCAUCAUCGUUCCUACUAACAUGGACGUCACCCUCACCUUCCUGACCUUCGACCUGGAAAAUGACCCCUUGCAGGGGUCUGAGGGCGAGUGCAAGUACGAUUGGCUGGAGGUGUGGGAUGGCCUUCCACAGGUCGGCCCUCUAAUUGGACGGCAUUGCGGUACCAAAAUCCCAGCUGAAAUACAGUCGUCUACAGGUAUCCUCUCUCUGUCCUUUCACACGGACAUGGCCGUGGCCAAAGAUGGCUUCUCCGCCCGCUACAACAUGACACUUAAGGAGGUCAAUGACAAUUUCCACUGCAGUAAUGCUUUUGGCAUGGAGUCAAGCAAGAUCAGCGAUGACCAGAUCUCUGCAUCAUCCUCCUUCUAUGAUGGCCGUUGGUCUCCAAGACAAGCUCGCCUUAACUUUGAUGACAAUGCAUGGACGCCCAAUGAGGACAGCAACAAAGAAUACAUCCAGGUGGACCUGCAUUUCCUGAAGGUCCUGACGGGCAUCGCCACCCAGGGCGCGGUUUCCAAGGAGACACACAAGUCCUACUUCGUCACUACCUUUAAGCUGGAGGUCAGCACUAAUGGAGAGGACUGGAUGAUCUACCGCUUCGGCAAGAACCACAAGGUUUUCCAUGCUAACGUAGACCCCUCAGAGGUGGUCUUGAACCGGGUCCCUCAGCCUGUCUUAGCUCGGUUUGUCCGUAUUCGUCCACAGACAUGGAAGAAUGGAAUAGCUUUGCGCUUUGAACUUUACGGCUGUCAAAUCACGGAUGCUCCAUGCUCGGAGAUGCAGGGAAUGCUCUCUGGCCUCCUUCCUGACUCUCAGAUCUCAGCCUCCUCCAUGAGGGACAUCCAUGGGGCCACAGGUGCAGCCCGGCUGGUGGCCAGCCGUUCAGGGUGGUUUCCCAGUCCCACGCAGCCCGUGGCUGGGGAGGAAUGGCUGCAGGUGGACCUGGGAGUUCCGAAAACUGUACGUGGUAUCAUCACACAAGGGGCCCGUGGGGUGGACGGCAGUACCAGUGCGGAGAACCGAGCAUUUGUGCGAAAAUAUAGACUGUCCCAUAGUUUGAAUGGAAAAGACUGGAGCUACAUUAUUGACCCUAAGACAAGUCUCCCAAAGCUUUUUGAGGGAAACACACACUACGACACCCCAGAAAUCCGCCGCUUCGAUGAGAUUGUGGCUCAGUUUAUCCGGGUGUAUCCAGAGAGGUGGUCCCCUGCCGGCAUUGGAAUGAGGCUGGAAAUACUGGGUUGUGAUUUGCCAGAAUCUACUACCAUCCCUGACACAGCUAGACCUACUCUCCCCCUUCAGGAAGAGACAAGUACUGCCUACAGAACACCAGCUCCCACCACUGUCUCAUCUCUGGGUGGUCUGUGUAACUUUGAGCUGAGUAUGUGCGGAUGGACCCAUGACCCCAUGUCUGAUCUAAAUUGGUCUCUGUACAGUUCCUCUAGUCCUAGUCUGGACCUGACACUGGGAUCUGACAACUUUGGGAAUUUCCUGUAUGUGGAAGCGAGUCCUAAAACAGAGCCACAACAUGCAAGGUUAGUGAGUCCGUCGGUGGGACCCGAGCACCGUCCCGUCUGUCUGCUUUUCUACUAUCAGCUGCAGGGAGAGGGUCAGGACAGCCUGCGCGUGCUGCUCCGAGACGACGACCAGGAGGAGACGCUGCUCUGGACUCUGAAAGGAGACCAGGGGCCCAUGUGGAGGGAGGGCCGCACCAUCCUGCCUCAGUCCCCUAAGCAAUAUCAGGUUGUCAUAGAAGGCUUCUUCGAGCGGGGCAGUCGAGGGCACAUCUGGGUCGACAAUAUCCAUAUGAGCUCCAACACAGAGCUUGAGCAGUGCACACAACCCUUUGCCGCAUUCCCACCUGAAAUGACUGGAGGAGACUUACCUGGCUGGAGUGAACCCACUGUUGACACGACAGUGUCCCUGCAGCCCAUGCCCACCUACUGGUAUUACGUAAUAGCCGGAGGUGGCGCCCUUUUCCUCCUGGGCUGCGUCACGUUGGUCAUGGUACUGUGUUGCUAUCGCUACCACCUGGCGGCCAAGAAGAGCCAGCACUCUGUGUCCUACCAGAGCACGGGCACGGGACAGUACGUAGGCAACGGCCCCGGGGGUCUCACUGGCUCUGGGGUGGAGCCCAUGCUGACUAUUAGAGAUUUUGAUUACACACAGUCUUGUAAAAGAGCAGAGAGUGAGAGCUUUGUAAAUCUGCCAAGUAUCAGUCAAUGCAGUAGCGCUUGGAUUGCUGAAUUUGCUACAAGGAAACGAAGACCUGAAGACCUUGGAAACAACCCUCUAUUCCACGGCAGAGAACGAACUGGUCAAGGUUUCCCAUUCCCUGUCUGGACCACGGCAAACCCCUCAAGAGAGCCUCCAGUGACACGGCUCUCCGAGAAAGACAAUGCCUGGUUGUACACGCUGGAUCCCAUCCUGGUCACCAUCAUUGUCAUGAGUUCCCUGGGCGUUCUGCUGGGUGCGGUGUGUGCCGGUCUCCUGCUCUACUGCACCUGUUCCUACAAUGGCCUCUCCUCACGCAGUACCACCACCCUGGAGAACUACAACUUUGAGCUAUAUGACGGCAUCAAGCACAAAGUGAAAAUCAACCAGCAGCGCUACUGCUCCGAGGCCUGAAGGAACCUGAUCAGGAGAGGCCCUUGUGGGAUCGGUGCGACUGUGUGCUCUCUCCAGCGCUCCCUUAUCACUGAUCAUUAACGGGUGCUAGCUCGAUUCAAAACUGUGAAUGGACCUCACACUAAUAUAGGAAUGAUCUCGGACUGGAGCACUGGGAGCAUAGAGGCUUCCUGUGGACAGCUCAGCGGGUGUGAAAAUGGAUCAACACAUAUCAAGCUAAAGAGUUUCUCAAAAAAAGAAAAAAAACUUCAAAGAAAUGUAUAUUGCUAUAGAUUUGUAAAGAAAAUACAAUCUAAUAAAGCCUAAUGGAAGUUAGAAGAGAGAGGCACUAGGACUAGAAGACAGAUCAAUUGUGAAAUCUCUGCCUCUAUUUUGUGAACGCUGUGGCCUAGAAUAUUGUGGACAUUUGAUUUAGUUUAGACUUGUGUCUGUUUGCUGAUUUGCUUAAGUUCCCAUCCUAUCAUCAUCCUUUGCAUCUUUCUACAACUGUUUUGAAGUUUCAACACCUCUUAUGAAUGUUUUAUACUUAAGUUCAGUCUGUUUGUAGCCUAAUGUUUUUGUUGUGGCCAUUAGACAAUGAGGAAAGUUUAUUACAUUCAGAAAAAAAUCCUUUUAGCAAGCAAGUUAGAAUGAAGUAUUAGAACUGUCUUUUGUGUCUCUUUUCUUCUCUUUUUUUAUUUUAUUUUUUUCUUAAUUUUGACUGUUUGGUUUAUAAGCAUAGCGUUAAAGUCACUGUGCUGACAAUGUCAAUCUAAUUUUAUCGCAACCUAUGGAUUGCUAAGGAAAAAGAGCCACUGAGCUAAAGAGUGUUGAGAGAGUGCAAAGAGAGAAAGCAUCUUCAGAUUCUCUCUUCCUCGCUUUACCCUAUUCUUGAAGUAACAAAGACUCAAGCUGGCAGAGCGACUUUAGUGAAUGAGCUGGAAAAUCCCCAAGCCACUUUCAUGUACAAACAAUUGAGCCUUAAGCAAACUGUUUUGGAGGAGAGCCAUUGAAACACCAGUUCUUGAGUUUGAAGUCACUGGGGCCUUGGAGGAGUCAGACCUUACUCUUUUUAUUUCACCUGUCUGUUUACUCCACGGUUUAUUUUGGGCUGUUGAAAAUGAAGGCUAACAAGACCAGGUUUGGUGUAAACCUGGGAGAAGGGUGAGAAUUUCACAGAAUGUUUCGCCUCAAGGUGAAGAGAGCGAUAGUACAAGCGAGCACAUAGUGGGAGGUAUGUGUAAAUUUCUUUAUUGUACUUCAGACUGGCCUCUCACUCCCCUGAGCCACACUGGGAGUCCUGUUGACUUGUGGGUGAGGGAGGGAGGGUCUUGUCUUAUUAGGAGGUGCGGAAAGCAGCCAGAGACAUGGCUUUCUCAGUUGUUGGGAGAGAGAGAUUGUGUAUUCAGCUCUGUUUUCAUUAGACUCUGUUGACUCUUUUCCAAGUGCCUUGAAGCUCUGGCCUGUUUUGGCUUUGCUGCAGAGCUGUGAUAGUAUUACCUCGUCUGUCUGGGACAGGAGGCCAACACCAAAAGAGAUGGAGAUCCCGGCACUGGUCUGAUCAUUAAAACAAUUUUGUUUGUAGACUUUGUACAGAAAAAAAGUUCUUUUUUAUUGGUAUUAUUAUUAUUUAAUAAAGUAUGAAUAAUGAUAAUUGUGACUGGUGUGAAAUUAUUUAUCCCGU